ACGAGAUUUAGUAAACACGCGAAAUUGUAAACACAGGAGUGUCAACACUGACAGAGCCAGUUUCUAACUUGUCCGAUUUUUCAACUUUUUGACAAGACUCCGAUUUUCACCGACUAAUCACCUGUUCCUGAUUUAGGAGGAAACUUCAUUUCAUUCUUAUCCAUCUCGAGAGCAGAAAAUAUUCACGAUGUCCGGAAAGCUGUAUUUGAUCGCAAUGGUCCUGGUCGUCUUCGGGUAUUGUCAAGCAAUGGACUUGAAACGGCUGCUGGAGGGAAAGGCAAGAAGUAUGAGAAGUCGCCGUGCCUUACCCAACCCAAUCCACAAUCAUAACAUUGACACCCGCGGACAGGUGCAGCCAACAUGCAAUAGUGACAACGCCGGGGAGAUAUGGUACGAAGGCUGUAAUACGUGUGGAUGCCCCUUGAGACGCGGCGUCGAACCAGUGUGCGCACGACGGGCCUGCAGGUCACCCAUCCAGAAACGCGACCUGAGGAGUCAACUCGAGGAAGCAUCAACCCUGAUGUGUCCAGGUGGCCGAGUCCCAGGCGAGACGUACAGGGAUGGAUGCAAUAGGUGUCAUUGCAGCGAAGGAGGGAUGGAGUUCUGCACGGUGAAGAACUGCGAUUUGGGCGUCAGCUACGAGACCUCUAGCUCAUCGGGAGAAGUCACCCAUGAAGUCAUUGAUGUCAAAGCCAUCAAGUUGACGAACUUGCUUUGCAGAGAACACGGCUUGGCUGGUCACAAAUUCACCGAUGGGUGCCAUAUAUGCUACUGCAGCCACCAUGGUCUGAUGUGCUCGACCAACUACUGCCCCAAGUUGCCCGCCAGCUACUGGGAAAGGAAGUUUAGGUCGGACCGACGACGUGAACAAGAAAUCGAAGAAGAGCGGGUCCGCUACGAUUAUUAGAGAAUGAUUUGGUAAUCUGGAACUCUCUUUGGCGCGGCUUUGAGGACUGCGGAACUUUCCCAUGUGAUGGGGAAUCAAGAGUCACUUUCCGCCGGCCAGUAGACUGACUCUGUUGCUCAAGAAGCACAGUCAAUGCAAUGAACGUUUCACUUAAGGUGGCUUGCUUUAUUCCGAUUUAAGCAAGCAGUCACGUAAAUUUUAAAACAAAGAUUCCGCAACGAGCAUGUCUUGGUUCAUACUUUCUUAAUCGAGAUAAAUAUAUUGCAAACUUGGAAUCGGAGACCAUUGUUUAAAAGACACGAGUCACAACAUAUCAAUGCAAUUUUACACUAUUUACUAUAUAUGAUGUACUAGUAUUUGUAUCUCGCAUGGCAGCAAUAAUGUAGCACGCGUAUCAAUGCAAAUAGUUUUGAUGUGAGCUUAAGCUAUGGUAGAAUUAUCCGCUAGCGCGGUACACUGUGGCUUAUAGUUGGGUUAAGGUGAGCUGUAGAGGGUUAAUCGUAGUUUUGGUGUCGGGAGGGCUGAAGAAAUCUUUGUCAUUCAGGAUAAGCAUAUUAUAUAUCACAACUGCAGUAGUGGUUGAAGUUAAUGUCACAAGUCGCAUAAAAUGCGCGAUACUUGAAUAUUAUACUACGGUAAUGUAUACUUAACGUUUAAUAUUUGACCUUUAGAUAACCGGUGGCAUUAGUGUUAGGAAUCUUAUCAUAGACUCUCGUUUGCCAAGUCAUGAUAUUUUUGGCCCGAAACCGACACUAUCUUGUCAUAAUGUCAAUCAAUAUUAUUGUCUGUCACAAUCAUAUGACAAGAAUAAUGGUCUUAAUAUUUGUCCUGAACUCUAUCGCUUUCUGAAGCUAACUUUUAAGUAAAUAUCUCUUGUGCUAAAAUAGUUAUUUGUUAUCUGUAAAAUUAAUCAGAAGAGGAACAGUACUUCUGCUCGAAAAAAAGGUUAAUGAAUGUUUGAAAACAAUGAACUUGUCCUUAAGUAAAUUAUGAUGUUCGUCGCGAACCGUUUGUUUUGAAGUUCUUUAUACAUCGGUUUAUAGUAUACUAGUAUGUCCAUUCAUAUUGUUUUGGUAAUCAUGUUAUGACCAAAUGCGGCAAAAUAAAAUAAUAUUGAGCACAGAAUUAACUGUCCAGAUAAUCUGGGAAAAAUAUGUUUGUACUAAAGUAUCAGUAAAACUGAUGAUUGUAAAUAAAGUGUAGCUUUAGGAUCUCAUCACCUGUAGUGUAAGUUGGGCUGGGGUCGAUUGCUGCGAACAGAAGGAAAAUGAAAUUAAACUCGAAAUCUAUACUGAUGAAAAAAAUACUUGGGAGCUGAAUAUUAUUAAGUAUUUGGGAUUGACGAAUCAUUCCGAGAUAAUCUUGAAACCUUGAGCUAAUUUUAUUUCUGUUUUCGGGCCCUCUGUUCGACAGAGGGUCUAUGUGAUUUCAUAAUUCCAAUUUACUUGUUCACGGCAAAUUCGACAACGGUUCUUCGUGAUGGGUAUAACAUAACAGUGAAACUCCGCAUCUUUCAUGAUCUACAUGUACGAUUGCAAAUAACGAAUUCUUUUGUGGAACAGAUUUCAUACACAAAUACAACGAAUUCGUCGAAUACAACUAAAUUGUUUUCGUACAUCGUAAUUCGUAAGCGAUGCGGAGCCCCGCUGAUGCAAGCAAGCAAAUAUCAAUGCAAAUUUUGCGAAGUCAUUCGAUUUAAAAAACAAAACUUUUGUUUUCAUGUUAUUUAUUGUGAAGUUGUUGGUUUCUGAAUUUUCUUGGCGAUAACGAUUCAUUUGUUACAUAUCCGGUAUAGCUGCUACAUGUACAUGUACGUACUACCCGUUUUCGUACCAAUUACAUCAUUGUGUGUGAAAAAAACCUAUCAGAAUAUUGUUGAAAUACAUGUAGUCUAUCACCAAUAGUAAAUUCAGAAACCAUAGCGGGGAAUCCACCGUGAUUGAAAUUAUGUAAUGGUUUAACGUUGAAGUUGCGAUCCAGUCGGUUCCGCUAACGUCUGGCCAUGGUCUGCAGUGACGGGAUGUAUCUUGUUAGCGGCACCCCUACGAGUCCAGUCGCUUGUCGGUCAACUAGACACGUGGUGGCCAGCUAUAAAGGACCACGCAAACGUGUUGCAAUGCAGACGAAAUCCCGAUGGUGGAUUUCCCUCUAAAAUCAUUCAAAAUCUUUAGAAUCACUGUUUCGAAUCUCUACACUACGGCGGUGUACAAACUAUAUUGAAGUUGAUAAACAUACAAUGUGCCCUUUGAAAAGUGAUAGUUCAGACUGGAUGGACAUUUGUAUAUCACCUAUAAUUUAUACGUAGUGCAACUAAAUGUACAUGCACGUGAAUGCUGGUAUCAAGGGUCAAGCGGUACAAAAUUGUUACGUUUGACAUCAUGUUGGUGCAGUUUUGCUACAAAGUUAAUAUUCUCGGGACAUGUCAUUAAAUUUAUUUACUUCUUUAACCGAUUAUUGUGGGAAAACUGAUCACUUGUUUUGCCAGUUCUUCUCAGCCAGAUGACACGUAGUUACUAUCGUUAUCAACCAAAAGUAAUUGAUUGACGCCCAUCACGGGUCAGUCGCGUGCGAUCGCCAGUAGUCUGAAGGUGACCUUGUCUAUAAAUAUACACCAUGAAGAUCGAUGGUUUUACUGAAGGAUGGUAGCUAAACUGACACGUUUAGCAUAUCGAUAUUCAUGUAUAUGGCGUUGUGCAUUACCUAAGAGAGCAAUGCAAUAGAGCUAUACUAAACCUUGAGAAUGACAAACUACAAAUAGUAAGACAUGUUGCCGCUGCCAAGUUAUGCAAACCGGAAUCAUCUCCUGCAUGCUGUAUCUUUUGGUCACUCUCUGAGAGAUUCUUUGGCAUAUGCGAUACCCUAUUCGAAAACAGACAAAUACACCGCUGUAGGCUGUUGAUAAAUAAACAUGUACACAGAUAUGCAUUUUAUUACGUAAAUAUGAUUGUGUAAAUAUUAUUUCAUCAUCUACAUGUAUGCUUCUUUUCUACCGAAGUUUAUUUUCCAUUAAAAUUAAACAAUUUACAAAACA